GCGCAAUAAGCCAUUUAAAAACUCGUUUUGGUAAACAGUCGGUCUUCCUCUUCUCUGUUAACAAACGAAACCCUCCCAAUUCAGAAACAAAUGGAUAAAAACUAGUUUCUGGCCUUUUUCUCAAUUUACACUCGAACCAUCCUCUCGUAUGUAAGAAUUGGAGGAGAUUACUCUUAUCAAGAAGAUGGCAAGUUCAAAUGAAUGGAGAGCCCAUUUGGCUUCAGCGAUGGUGAUGGUGUUCUAUGGAGGUUACCAUGUUAUCACUAAAGUCGCACUCAACGGAGGCGUUAAUCAGCUCGUUUUCUGUCUCUUCCGGGACCUCGUAGCCCUCUCUAUCCUCGCUCCCGUCGCCUAUUUUCGCGAGAGAGGGCUAAGACCACCUCUGAAUACACGCAUUGUACUCACAUUCAUCCUUCUUGGUUUAAGUGGGAUUUUCGGGAACCAGCUUUUGUUUCUUAUUGGCCUUGGAUACACAAAUGCGAGUUAUGCUGCAGCUAUUCAGCCUGCUAUUCCCGUCUUUACAUUCAUAUUGGCUGUGAUAAUGGGUACAGAAAAAGUGAAUUUGCGAAGAAUUGAUGGUCAUGCUAAGGUAGUAGGUACUCUUGUGUGUAUUACUGGUGCUAUUCUGAUGGCUGUAUUCCGUGGUCCUGCCUUGUUUGGAUAUAAGGAAUCCGAAUUUACAGCGCAAAUUGAACUUACUGCCAAGGAUCUGCCUGAACCUGUUGGGUUGUUAUUUAGUAGUUUUCUAGAAGUAAAAAUUGAUGAUUGGCAAAUUGGCGUUUUAUGCUUAAUUGGGAACUGCAUGUGCAUGGCAGUUUAUCUUGCCAUUCAGGCUCCACUUUUAACCAAGUAUCCUGCAAGCAUAUCAGUGACAGCGUAUUCAUACUUCUUUGGUGUUCUGUUUAUGGUGGUGACUGCAUUCUUUAUGACAAAUGAAGCCACUGACUGGACUUUGACACAAUCUGCAGUCUUUGCAGUGUCCUAUGCUGGAAUCGUAGCAUCUGCUCUGAACUAUGGGCUUUUGACGUGGUCAAAUAAGAUUCUAGGCCCUGCCUUGGUCGCGUUGUAUAUGCCGCUUCAACCUGUUUUCUCGUCACUGCUAUCAGGAAUUUUCCUUGGAAGCCCUAUUUAUUUGGGAAGCAUUUUGGGAGGACUUCUUAUUCUUGCUGGACUUUAUUUGGUUACAUGGGCGUCCCAUAGAGGAAGAAAGGCUGUCUUGGAAACUCUCCCUCACGCUGGUCAGCCAUCAGAACCGCUUAUUAAUAAAGACUCGGUGUCCGCGGUGGUGUUAGAGUAAUUCGAGAUUUAAGGUAUCGUGAGUUGAAUCAGUGGCCCUACCAUGUGUUUAUAUGCAAGAUGCCCCAAUGAAGUAUUUCUCCAUUAUCAGAGAUCACUAUCUGUGAAUAACUUAAACAGUCCCCAAAGGGUUUCUGCGUUUUAUUACACUAAUCUCAAUUUUAUAAAAGAAUUCCAAUAUAGUAUAUUUA